AUAGUGACGGGAGGAGGAGAGAGUGUCAGUAAGUCGUACCUUUUUCUUUUGUAUGGUCUCAAACCAAUGGCUUCGAAUGCGAGGAUAGGCAUCGGAAUCGGCCCAGUGUCGACUCACAGUGUCGCCGCCGCCGCCGCCCCCUCCGCCAACGCCAUGGCUCCUUCCACCACCGCUCUCCCCACUCGCCACAGCCUCUUCUACUCCAACCGUUUGUCGUCCGCCCGCCGGCCCUCCCUUAGCUUCGACUCGCCCCGAGCUCGGCCCCGAGCUCUCCGAGUCAGAGCUUCCUCUGAGGACUCCCCUUCCUCUUCCUCAGCUGGAGGCGUAGAGAAUGUGGUGAUAGUAGGUUCGGGUCCUGCUGGAUACACGGCAGCGAUAUAUGCAGCUCGUGCAAAUUUGAAGCCGGUUGUGUUUGAAGGGUAUCAAGCCGGAGGCGUCCCGGGGGGACAGCUGAUGACCACCACUGAAGUGGAGAACUUCCCUGGGUUUCCCGAAGGAAUAACUGGUCCAGAUUUGAUGGACAGGAUGCGGAGGCAGGCAGAGCGUUGGGGAGCAGAGCUAUUUCAAGAGGAUGUAGAGCAUCUUGAUGUUAAAAGCAGGCCUUUCACUGUGCAAAGCACCGAGCACAAGGUGAAAUGUCAUAGUCUUAUUUUUGCUACUGGAGCUACAGCAAAGAGGCUCAGAUUGCCCCGUGAGGAUGAGUUUUGGAGUAGAGGAAUCAGUGCUUGUGCUAUUUGUGAUGGAGCCUCACCCCUCUUUAAGGGACAAGUUCUUGCUGUGGUUGGAGGGGGUGAUACAGCUACAGAGGAAGCCCUAUACCUUACAAAAUAUGCUGGCCAUGUUCACCUACUUGUACGCAGAGAUCAACUAAGGGCAUCCAAGGCAAUGCAAGAUAGAGUGAUCAACAAUCCAAAUGUCACCGUGCACUUCAAUACAGAGGCCGCGGAUAUUGUUAGCAACUCGAAAGGUCAAAUGUCUGGCAUUUUGAUAAGAAAAGUCGAUACUGGGGAAGAAUCCGUGCUUGAAGCAAAGGGCUUAUUCUAUGGUAUAGGCCAUUCACCAAAUAGUCAAUUAUUGGAAGGACAAGUUAAACUUGGCGAUUCUGGUUAUGUGCUAGUUGAGGAAGGCACUGCAAAAACUUCUGUAGAAGGUGUAUUUGCGGCAGGGGAUGUUCAGGAUCAUGAAUGGCGGCAAGCGGUUACUGCUGCUGGGUCAGGAUGUAUUGCUGCCUUGUCUGUUGAGAGAUAUCUCACUAGAAAUAAUCUGCUCAUUGAAUUUCACCAGCCACAAACCGAAGAAGUCAAGAAAGAACUUACAGACAGGGAUGUCCAAGAAGGAUUUGACAUCUCAAGAACGAAACAUAAGGGCCAGUAUGCUCUACGGAAAUUGUACCAUGAAAGUCCCAGGCUUGUGUGUGUACUUUACACAUCUCCAACAUGUGGUCCUUGCCGAACACUGAAGCCAAUUCUUGGCAAGGUGAUUGAUGAAUUCGAUCAGAAUGUUCAUUUGGUUGAGAUUGAUAUCGAGGAAGAUCCCGAAAUAGCAGAAGCUGCUGGGAUUAUGGGCACCCCGUGUGUGCAGUUUUUCAAGAAUAAGGAGAUGCUCAAGAUUGUCCCGGGCGUCAAAAUGAAGAAAGAGUAUAGAGAAUUUAUUGAGGCGAAUAAAUGAGGAUGUCUCUGAGAACCGUAAUGUUUUGCUGCUUCUUCCCAACUUCCGAUUCAUUUUUGUUCCUCUCUCACGAACUUGCUAGUCAAAUAAUUCCUUCUAUGUUCUUUGCAAUGAGAUUGUAUUGAUCGUGUACACCUUUCUUGGGUAAAAAGGAUCAAGAAUGGAUGUUGUACAUGUUUCGGAGAGUGUUCCAUAUUCUCCAAGAACUCUGAGAAUCUCAUAACUGAUCCAUUUGUUUUGCCCCAUUCCGGAUCUCAUCAUAAUUUUCAAGGAGCUCAAUUUCAUCA